CAAGCCCUGCCUUUGAACUCGGCCGCUUUUGGCGCGAUCCGCGGCGCUUCGCGCGCUCAUUUGCAAGGCGCGCCAGGUGGUGCAGCUCGACGGAGAAAGCCACCAAGCGCACCGACGAGCGGCAAACAACAACAACCAAAAAAAAGAAGAAGAAGAAGAAGACUCGGAAGAAGAGGAAGAGCGAGAGAGGGGAGAGAGUUAGAGAGAAAGAAGGACAGAAGGGAGGAAGGAGACUUUGUUGCGUUGCCCUUUUCUUGUGGAUUCUGCUUCUUUUCUUCCCACGUGCAUGCUCGCGUCGGUGGACUUUUUGUGCGCGCGCGCUCCUCUCCUUGGAUGUCGACUGCCUUUUUUGCACUUUUGCCCCCUUUUUGUUCGCCAGCCGAGCGAGACGCGCGGCAUGCCUGCAGCUGCCUCGCAUUUUCCCAGCAGCAGGUGAACUCCACAUAGCAACUUUUUCUUUUUUCUUUUUUUUUCUUUUGCCCCUUCGUCCUCGCCCUCCCUCAUCCGCCCGCCGGCGCUUCCGCCCCCCUUCCCCCUCCCGUAACUUUGGCUCCCGCCGGCACUCGCGCCAGGCAGCCAUGUCCAAGCCGGCCGACCAUAUCAAGAGACCCAUGAACGCCUUCAUGGUGUGGUCCCGGGGCCAGCGUCGGAAGAUGGCCCAGGAGAACCCCAAAAUGCACAACUCGGAGAUCAGCAAGCGUCUGGGCGCCGAGUGGAAGCUGCUGUCCGAGGCCGAGAAGCGGCCGUACAUCGACGAGGCCAAGCGGCUGCGGGCGCAGCACAUGAAGGAGCACCCGGACUACAAGUACCGGCCGCGGCGCAAGCCCAAGAACCUGCUCAAGAAGGACCGCUACGUGUUCCCGCUGCCCUACCUGGGCGACACGGAGCAGCUGAAGGGCUUGCCGCUGCCGUCGGACGCGCUGCUGGGCCCCACGGAGAAGUCGGCGGCGGCGGCGGCUGCGGCCGCGGCGGCCGCGCGCGCCUUCCUGCCGCCGACCUCCGUGUCGCCCUACUCGUCCUUCCUGGACGCGGCGGCGGCGGGCUUCGGCCAGAAGAUGGGCGACGUGCCGCACGCCCUGGCCGCCGCCGCCGCCGCCGGCGUGCCCUACUCGUCGCUGGGCUACCAGGGCGCGGGCGCCUUCGGGGCGCUGGGCGGCUGCGGGCCCGCGCAGCACCCGCAGCACCCGCACACGCACACCCACCCGUCGCCCACGAACCCGGGCUACGUGGUGCCGUGUAACUGCAGCGCCUGGUCCGCGUCCAGCUUGCAGCCGCCCGUGGCCUACAUCCUCUUUCCAGGUAUGAGCAAGACUGGGAUUGACCCCUACUCGUCCGCGCACGCCGCUGCCAUGUGAGCGCGCGCGUGUUCGAGGUUCAAAACCGCGGCGGGGGCGGCGGCGGCGGCGGCAACGAAAAGCAAGACUUGACUCCUUUUGCAUGUACAGAAGAGAAAGGACUUUUUUUCCCGCUUGCGCGAGGAUUGUAAGAAAAUGUAAAUGUUUAUACGGCAGCCCCCCCCCCCCCCGCGAGAAGAAAAACGAAGAGAACACAAUAAGGAGGCCUUUAACUUUAUUUAUUGUGUGCAUUUCAAUGCUGAUUUGUUACUGAUCAACUGUUCUUAUUGUUCUCACCCCCCCAACCCCCCCACCUACCCCCUCGAUUGGCGCAUACGGGUUCUAUCCGCGACGUCUCGAAAGGCGAAAUGCUUUCGCUUCGCAUUUGAUUCCCUUGUAUUUUCGAAUUUAAUUUCAAUGUGUAUUUUCUAAUGAAGGAACAACAAAAAAAAAGUCACCAAAAGAUCUAAUGUCAUGUAUCUAUAGAAGAUUGACGCCUCUUUGUUAACACCGGCAAAGAGAAGAAGCCAAUAAAAAAAAAGACAAUCUGUCUCAUUUCAUGCUUUUAGCGCACAAUUCUUCAACCAAGGCGCGAAAUUUAAAACAAGCUCGGAAGCUGCUCCCCCCCCCACCCCUCUCCACGUUUUUUUUCUUGCUUGUUUCUUUCUUUUUCUUCUUCUUCAAUUUUUUUUUUCAAUUUGGAACUUUCUGGAGAACCGGGACGAGCCGAGGCCUCCCGGGAUUGAAGCCGCCCGUCGGACCCGUUUAACGGCUUCGUGGCCUCGCAAGGGGGGGAGCCGAGCCCCGGAGCGAUCUGGAGCUGGAUUAAAAAAAAAAAAAUCCAAACCUCAAACGCAAAUCCAAACAUCAAAACAUCGUCUUGCGCUUACUUGUCUGCAACUUUGACAACUCCAAAAAGAAAAGAAAAAAAAGUGGCACCCUCAAAAAAAAGAAGAAAAGAAGCGAUCACGUGUUUGAACACGCGCGCUGCCUUAAGACAAAAGACGCACGCAGGAAUUUACUUCUUGUGUGUGCGCGCGUGCGCGUAUCAACCGGGAGGCUUGGAAGCGUGUGUGUGUGUGUGUGUGUGCGCGUGCGCGUCUUUUCUAAUUAAGAAUUUCAUUUUGCACGUGCAAAUUGUUGACUUUAUCUGGCCAGAACAUGUGCUGCACACGAGUGGAGGUGCAAUCUAGCCCUGCCUGGAGGGGGUGGGAAGGGGGGGGGGCAUUUUGCCACACACAGCUUGUAAAUGAGGAUACUUGAAGUUGGACACCUCCAAAAAUUGGAGAGGGUGGUGGUGGUGGGGGGGGGGGGUUGAGUUGUGCGAAGCUGGAAUUUUUGGUUGUGUUUCUAUGCAGUCGUUUUCAUGAAGCGCUAUUUGUCGACAUUUAUGAGCACAAUCGUUGCCUUAUUUUUGUGGCAUUAUUGAUUUUUUGGGGGGCGGGGGUUACUUUUAUUCUGCAUGCAGGGUUGCGUGGCAUCGUUUUUUUUCUUUUGGGGGGGCGUGGGUCGUUUUUAAAAAAAUAUAUAUUAUGAAGUAACAUUAUUUCAGGUUAUUUUAAUGACGUACAUUCGGGAUUUGUUGCAGUGUGGUUUUAUUUUUAGUUUUUAUAACGCCAACUGUCAGACGUAAUUUAUUGUUGAGGCUCUUAUUGGCAUGCUCAGUUUGGAUUCAUAUAUAAUAUAUUUUUAUGCAACGUUAAUGUUUACAUUCAUGACAA